ACAUGGGCCUAUGCUAAUGCCCACUUGAGCCAGAUACAUUUGGCAUGCCCUAACGAAUAAAAAGGGUCAUUACCGAGCCCAUUCCUGGCCUCCUGAUGCUGUCAACCUCACUUCCCCAUCACGAUCAUGAGGCAAAGAUCGGAUCGCAUUACGAAUCUCUCCCCAAACCCAAAUGUCCACCACCACCCACGCGAGGAUAGAAAGAUAAUCCGACUAGUUCCAUACUCCCAAUCUUGAACAUUAGACCUUCCAUUCCGUUCAUUCCCACAUCAAUCAAUCUAUCCCGACUCCCGUGCUGGAUUGGCGUGCCGCGCGCCCACCGGCCGCACCACAUCAGAGAGACCAGAAAAAUCCGAAUCCCCGGUCAGCGACGGCCAAAGCCAAAGCCAAACCAUAAUCCGCGCCGCGCCGCGCCUGAAACGCGCACGAAAAAACUUCUGGGAAUCCGAGCGCGACCGAUUAGGGGAGGUCACCAGUCCACCACCAGCGCGCGGCCACUAGCGCCGCGCUCGGACCGGCACCCACGCGGCCACGCACGCGCGCGCGCGGGGUCACGCGCCGGACACAUGCCGUGCGGCGCCCCUUCCCCCUCCGCUCCGGCUCGCCACCUCCUCCUCUCCGCCGCCGCCGCCGCCGCCGCCUCGGUGUUGUCUCGCUCUCCCGCCGCGUGGCGGCGCGGCGCGCGAUCGAUCGCGCGGGAGAAACCCUAGCUCUACAGUGGAGGGGGGGGGGGGUAUUAACUAACGGCUUUAAUAUUGGGAGGGGCUCGAUGCAGAACCACGCGUACAACCGGCUGGGGAGCUUGGGCGGCGGCGGCGGCGGCGGGAGCGGCGCCGUGCCGUCGCCGCCGUCUUCGCCGCGGCGGGGGGCGGGGAGGAGGUCGUCGGGGAAGGGCGGGUCGGCGAGGGCGGGGGCGGGGGCAGGCGCGGCCGGAGCUGUGCGGGGCGGAGGCGCCGUGCGGAGGGCGGCGAGGGUGGUGCUCGCCGCGCUGCUGCGGCGGCAGGCGGUCUUCCUCUUCGCUCCGCUGCUGUACGUCGCGGCGAUGCUGCUCUACAUGGGCUCCAUCUCUCUCGACAGCGUGCCCCGCAUCAUCUCGCGCCCGGCGCCUGGUUCGCUGUACCGCAGCCCGCAGCUCUACGCCCGCCUGCGCGCCGACAUGGACGCCGACAACGCCACUGACGCGCUAGCAACUGUAUGGAGACAUGCUUACAAGGGUGGCAUUUGGCGACCUUGCAUAAACAAUAUUACAUAUGAUUUGCCUGAAUUAAAUGGCUACAUAUACGUGGAGGCGAAUGGUGGUUUGAAUCAGCAAAGGGCAUCGAUAUGCAAUGCUGUUGCGGUUGCUGGUUUUCUAAAUGCAACUCUUGUGAUCCCAAACUUCCACUAUCACAGCAUUUGGAGGGAUCCUAGCAAAUUUAGUGAUAUUUAUGAUGAGGAACACUUCGUCCAACGAUUGAAAAAUGAUGUCCGAGUAGUUGACAAGGUGCCUGAGUUUAUUAUGGAGAGGUUUGGUCACAAUUUGAGUAAUGUGUUUAAUUUCAAGAUAAAGGCUUGGUCUUCUAUCCGAUACUACAAAGAAGCUGUUCUUCCUAAGUUGAUCGAAGAAAGGCUUAUAAGGAUAUCACCUUUUGCAAACCGACUGUCCUUUGAUGCUCCAUCAGCUGUUCAACGGUUGAGAUGUCUGGCUAAUUUUGAAGCCUUAAAGUUUUCUAAGCCGAUCACAACUUUAUCUGACAUUUUAGUAUCUCGAAUGAGAGAAAAAAGUGCCGAAAACAAUGGGAAAUAUGUAGCGGUGCAUCUCCGUUUUGAAGAGGAUAUGGUUGCAUUCUCUUGUUGUGUCUUCGACGGGGGUGAAAAGGAGAAGAAGGAACUGGAUGCAGCCAGGGAGAGGGGUUGGAGAGGAAAGUUUACUAGGCCAGGACGUGUAAUAAGGCCUGGAGCAAUAAGGAUGAAUGGGAAAUGUCCACUUACACCUUUGGAGGUUGGGUUAAUGCUUCGCGGGAUGGGUUUCAGCAAUAACACCGCGAUCUAUUUGGCUUCUGGGAGGAUAUAUAAAUCAGAGAAGAACAUGGCACCUCUCCUUGAAAUGUUUCCUCUCUUGCAGACAAAAGAAACAUUGGCAUCAGAUGAAGAACUUGCUCCAUUCAAGAAUUUCUCUUCAAGGAUGGCAGCUAUCGAUUACACAGUAUGUGUUCAUAGUGAAGUUUUCGUGACUACCCAAGGUGGAAAUUUUCCUCAUUUCCUUCUUGGUCAUAGGAGAUACAUUUAUGGUGGUCAUUCGAAGACAAUUAAGCCUGAUAAAAGAAGAUUAGCCAUACUCUUCGAUAGUCCACGUAUCGGAUGGAAGUCACUGAAACGUCAGUUGGUGAAUAUGAGAACACACAGCGAUGCCAAGGGUAUUGAAAUGAAAAGAGCAAAUGAAUCUAUAUACACCUUUCCAUGCCCCGACUGCAUGUGCCGCUCAAACAAAUCAGAACACUCUAAAUCCAUCCAGGCUAGAUAGCAUCUACUAGUCUUGACUUGAUUGACUGACCUUGAUUCUUUUUGGUACCAUAGCAUGUGCUCAUUCUUUGCUUGCCGUCUGGUGGUGUGAUGUCUGUCCGGUCUCCAAGCACCCUACUGCAGCAUUGCUCAUCUAUUACACUCCCCAGGUGGAUUUUGCGGAUAUAUUAGAUUCAUAUUAGCUAAGCUAAUCCUGGGGCUAACAAUACACCGAUCUGAGUCUCAAUAGAUGUGUCUAACCGUUUCUAGGUCUAAUACCCUGACAAUGUAGUGCCAGUCCGCUUGAUGUAAUAGUAGUUCCCUUGUACAUUUCUCAGCUAGGAAGAAAUUUGUCAUACAAAUUUUGAGAAGAGGAACAAUGCUUAUUCUGAUAUAAUUUAUUGAUCCUUUCAUCUGAAAGCUAGCUCUUUGUCUAACUAUUCUUUUGAUUAUUGUAUCAAGGGAGGGAGGUUUUCCUUCUUCUUUCA